AUGGCUCGCACUCGUAAACAGCGCACGCCCAGCGCGACGACAACGACAACAACAACCCAGCCGCCGCCCCUCGCUCACCCCGACCGCUCCAAGGCACCCAGCAUCAACGAUCAGACGCUUUACAAGAUUGCCGAGCAGCGCCAGCUGUUUCAGCAAGCGGCCGCGCGCGAGCUAAAAUCAAAUGUGGCCGUGAAGAAGAUUCGCCUUGGCAACCACGACGACGUUUCGAGCUCCGAUGACGACGAUGACGACGAUGACACCGAAAACGAGGUCCCGACACUGUCCCCCGGCGCGGAGCGCAUCCUCGAGGCCAUGCUCUGGACCACCUCCCUCGCCAUGCUGCACUUUACAUUUGACGUGCUCGUGCAGCACCAGUACGGAACCGCAAUUGCCUGGCGGCAGGUCUGCCACCGCACAAUGAGUGCCUGGGCCGUAUUUCUGAUGCUCUUCUACGCGCUGCAUCCCCGCAAGUCCGACCAGACCCUCCUCCCCGGUCUUGCAGCACGCUACCAGGCACCCCUUCGACAGGCCAUCUUCUUCGCUAUCAGUGUCGUCUCCGGGUGCUACCUCAUCUACGUGACCAAUAUGAAAGGCUAUCUGGCCACGCAACAGCGCGCUCCGCCGCUCGGCUGUCUCUGGAUCUGGGCAGUCAUGGAGUUGGAGCUGCUUUGGGCGACACUAAGUUUGCUCGUGGCGUUGGGGUACAUCUACCUAGGGGGGUACAACAUAAAAUAA